UUUACUUGGCGGCUUUCAAGUCAGUUGCUGUUAAGCUUUCGUGUUGAGUAGUUGAGUUGAAUAUAGCGAGCGCUUGUCAGCUAAAUGAAUAAUUUUGCUGUACGGGGUGUAUGAAUACAAUUGUGGCUGGUUCUGGAAUGAAGAAAAUGUGUGAAUAAGAAUUUUUAAUCCGCUUAUGGUAUUUUGUGUGCUAAAAUUAUGAUUUACAAAUUAAGCAAAUUGUAAAGUGAAUAAUUGGGUUAAAGUGUAAAAUUCAAACUGUCUUUUGGUGGCUAAGUGUUUGGUUGUGUGAAAAAGGUGCGCCACGCACGUAUGGAGAGAAGUCGGUUGCUUUCGCCUGUACUUCGACGAUCCUACAAGAAUAUUCUGGUGCAUGUUUACAAGAUUUCUGCCGAACACAAUUAAGCGCCGCAAGUGCGAAUACGAAUAGCAAAACCAGACAAACUGAAUAGAUCUCCGAGCUGAUAGUGUAAUCAAAGCCGAAACAGCAGCGUGAAUGUUGGAUGUCAAUCUGGCUCGUGACUCGUAAAUUGCCAUUUGAAGAGCCAUUGUCAAUUCAGCGAAUGCUGUAGUAAAAGUCCGUGUAAUAUAGAGCAGCUGUUUUUGAAAAAUACUUGGAUGGGAAGUGCGUGUCAUGAAAUCGAAUGCAUUAAUUCAAGCAGCAACUGUAUAGAGUUUCUUCGCCUGCUGAGUGGUUUGUCUGAAGUGGCAACAAGAAGCUUAAAUUGAAAAAGAGGCAUCCUCGGCGUUCAAGUGGACCUGUAAUCAACAAACACAACAAUAGAACAACAAAAUUAUAAGCAAUUUGCGUCAAAUCAAGAGUAGAAGUGUGUAACGCAGUGGUAUGAAAAUGGAUUACUGAUAAUUAAGCUAGACGCAUACACACUUACAAAGCCGGUAGUGGACUUAUUCAAAGCAGAAACCACCUUUUUCAUCGACAAGUAAAAUAAGCUAAAGUGAAAAUGUUUUUGCCAGUUAAAUCAAAUGUCUCCACCGAGAACAAUUCGUCGGGUGGCAAUAAUGAGGACGUCACCACCACCAGCAACAAUUCCACCCAAACGCCAAGCGACUUAAGUCCACCGGGCCCCAAUGAGGAGGUGCUGCCACAGGCGCAUCAUCAAAAUCCCGGGCAUUGCAUCGCCUCCUUUGCGGCCAUCAAUCAAAUGCGCAACAACACGCAGCUGUGCGAUGUUUCUCUGGAAGUGGGUGGCGAAACUAUACAGGCCCAUAAAGUGGUGCUUGCCUCAGUAUCGCCAUAUUUCUAUGCAAUGUUUAAUGAUGAUAUGCUGGAGCGCAACCAAGGCGCGGUACGUUUGCAUGACGUCGAUGUUACAGCGCUGCGUCAACUCAUCGAUUACACCUACACAGGUGAGAUAACCAUAACCGAGGACAAUGUGCAGAUGUUGCUACCCGCCUCCAGUUUGUUACAAAUUCACUCAGUACGCGAGGCAUGUUGCAAAUUCUUGCUGCGACAGUUGCAUCCAUCCAACUGUUUGGGCAUACGAAGUUUUGCUGAUGCUCAUUCCUGCAAGGAACUACACACACGUUCGCAUAAAUAUGCGCUGCAAAAUUUCCAGCAAGUCGUCGGAACCGAAGAGUUUUUACUUCUGCCUUUUGAUGAGGUCAAAGAUCUGAUAUCGAACAAUCAAUUGAAUAUUUGCUCCGAAGAGAAAGUUUUUAUUGCUGUGCUCAAUUGGAUUAAACACGAUUUGGCCGAACGUCAGUGCCACAUUGCAGAACUGAUGAGCCACGUACGCUUGCCAUUGGUAGGACGUGACUUCCUAAUGACCUGCGUCGAGACAGAGACACUCAUAAGAGAGGAUUCCCAAUGCAAAGAACUCCUGCUCGAAGCCAUGAAAUAUCAUUUACUGCCAGAACAGCGCAGCUUGAUGAGCAGCCAACGCACACAAGAGCGCCGGCCGGAGGGCAUGAAAUCGUAUGUGUUUGCUGUGGGUGGCGGCAGUCUUUUUGCCAUACACAACGAAUGCGAAGUGUACAAUCCGCGCACCAAUGCUUGGACACCCAUUGCACCAAUGUUAUGGCGCCGUUCACGCUCCGGCGUAACGGCACUACACAAACAGCUCUAUGUCGUCGGCGGUUAUGAUGGCGUAAGCGAUCUGAGCACUGCCGAAUUCUAUAAUCCAUUAAAUAAUAAGUGGACUAAUAUUACGCCAAUGGGUACGAAACGUUCAUGUCUAGGUAUUUGCGCGUACGAUGGACUGCUGUACGUUUGUGGUGGCUAUGAUGGGGCCUCAUGUCUUAGCAGCAUGGAGCGGUAUGAUCCGCUGACAGCCAUCUGGAGCUCGUGUCCGGCAAUGAACACGCGUCGACGUUACUGCCGCUUAGCUGUAUUGGACAAUUGCAUUUACUCGUUAGGGGGGUUCGAUUCGACCAACUAUCAGUCGAGUGUGGAACGUUUCGACCCACGUGUGGGACGUUGGUUCCCCGUACAAAGCAUGACAGCGCGACGCAGUAGCUGCGGUGUGGCCUCCUGCGAAGGCUUCUUAUACUGCAUCGGUGGUAAUGAUGGCACAAUGUGCAUGUCCAGCGGAGAACGAUUCAAUUUAAGAAGGAACGCGUGGGAACCGAUCGCAGCGAUGCAUUCAAGAAGAUCUACGCAUGAAGUCGUUGAGGUGGAUGGUGCACUGUAUGCCCUCGGUGGCAAUGAUGGCUCAUCCUCGCUCAAUUCAGUAGAACGUUAUGAUACGCGCCUGAACAAAUGGACAGUAGUCAAUUCGAUGGUAGCACGUCGCAGUUCAGUAGGUGCAGCGGUGCUAGAAUGCUUUCACCUCGAACGCGGACUGGUACAAACAACGAACUUAUGACCUUUGUCGACCAUAGCAGAAACUUUCGCAGCGGCUGCAGUGGCAGCCGUUGUAGUUGGAAAUGGUAAUAGCAGCAGCGGAACGACAACGAGUGGCAAUGGGAAUGGCGGUAACAACAACACCGCCACGACAUCAUUGAAUAGUGUUACAUCAACGUUAACCAACAACCUUAUCGUGCCGGGUCGCGCUGUAAGUGGACGUAGCAUGUUGGGUGCAGCCGAGGUGAGUGGAAGCAUUGGCAGCCUGAUGAGUAGUAGUACGAGUACGCUCAGCACAUCGGCGCCAACGACGACAUCAACUUUGCGACGACUGCGCGAACGCGAAAGGGAGAGAGAAAGAGAGCGAGAUAGUAGCACUGCGGAAAAUCGAGUAAACAGUAUUGCGACGGGUGCUGGAGGAAUCGGUGGCAUAGCAGCACCCGGAGCAGGAGUCACAGGCAUCAAUAGCAAUGGCGGCUGCGGAUCGGGGAAACCGCCCUCAACGGCCUGAUGUUUGCGUUUCAAAUGAAGGGGAAGGGAGAUAUAAAAAGGAAGAAAAAAAAAAUUAUUGAAGAAAGGAAAUGACAGUGAGUGAGGGGCUAGAAGAGUAAGAGAAAGAUGUUAAAGCAGAGUGAGGAGGAGUUGUAGAAGAGAGCAGCAUAGCAGUAUUUCUAGUCAAAAGGCAAGGUACGCAUGUAAAUUUGUAUGGUUUUAGAGAAUGUAUUGGAUGUAUGGAGAAUAGAAUGCGCAACGUAAAGGAAGUGAAAUGAACUCUCUUUAAAAAAAUUAAAUUAAUUCAUGAUUAGGUUAUAAAGUGUGUUGAUGACAUGUUCUACAUACAUUUUUAAUUACGAAACAAAUAUUUUUUACAAACGUUCAUACAUACAUACAUGAAUACACAAUUAUAAUCACACAUAAGCGUGCAUUAACUAAUCCUAUACAUACAUACAUAGACAUUUAUGAAUAAAUAAUUAAUAAAAAAUAUUAUUACACAAGCGCUAAAAUACCGAAAUAUUAAAUACAAAUUUAACACUUUACUGCCCUUUAGCUAGUUUUACAAAAUAAAUUUUGGAAAUAUUUCAAAAUGAGUAAGGGUAUUUAGGGAACGUGUUGCAUACGAUUUUGCAUUUAGUAAAAACAAAAUGGAACAAAAAAAUUAAUAAAUAAAUAAAUAAAUUUUUUGGAGCGCAGCAAACGGAGACGAAUAGCAAAAAGUCUAAAAAUAUGAAUUGUGAAGUUUAUAUAUUUUUAAAUUUUUUGCUUUAAUAAUAAAUAAAUUAUGAAAUGAAAUCGUAUGUAUUUGCAUAUGUUAGGGCGCCUCACCAAAAAGAAAUGCGGUUUUUACACCAAAAUCAUAAGAUCUAUUAUAUUCUAAAACUAUCGCCAAAAUAAUUCCGAAAAUUAUGAUUAUAAAUUUAAACCUGGUGCGAUUUGAAAAUACCUCGAAAGUAGAGUUUUUUUUUAUAAGUAAGUUAAUUUUUAGAAAUAUUUUCCCAAAAAAAGCACCUGAGAGAAGUUUCAAGGGCUUAUAGUAUAAAAAUUUUAUCAAAGUAAUCAAAAUUGUGAGGCACUUUUCAAAUCGAUCCAGUUCAAUUACAGUCUGUGUCAGAAGAAAAGAACCGGGUUUUUUCUUGUAACUUCAAGACAUAUUUCGUCCUGCUUUUGCUGCGUAAUAAUCCCACUCAAGGGCUACGACGCCAGUGCUAACUCAGGUUAGUGUCGUUCGAAACUUUCCCGUAAACGCAACCAAACAAAAAUGUGUGAGAAGUACGCAAAGUGUUUCGAGGCGGUAUUUUUAUGCACGCAUUCGAAAGGGCCGCGGCUGGAAAAUUGAUUAAAAAAUCAAAAAAUUGUGUUGUGAUGUGGAAUCAGCGGUAUAAAGUGUACAAAAAUGUUGAUAAAAUUUUCCGAGCGCGGCUUGAAGCCAGGACGACAAAAAAAGCAGGAUUAUUAUUAUUAUUAGAAGGCCAUUACGCACUGCGACCAAAGCUGAUCUAUUGUGAAACGCCUAUUUUUGUUACCCUAGAGUUUCAGGCUUUUUAAAAGUUUUAGCACAAUUUUAGGUUUGUUGUUCCAAAGAUUGCGUGGAGAUACUACGAUACUACCAAGGUGAUGAAGACUCUAUCUGCCCAACGCAGGACAUUCACAAAGCACAUGUUCUGAGAUUUCUAUGUUCAUUUCGCAAAAGCGGCAGACAUUGAUCUCAGAUUGACUAAUAUUAUGUAGAUGAUACCUUAGGCUGCAGUGACCUGUAAGAUAUCCUGUUAAAAGACGCAGAUCUACUCUGCUUAGUGAGAGUAGCUUGUCAGAUAUUCCUUUGUUGGGACUUAGGAAUAGCUGACCGGCAAAUUUCCUUUCUUCCCAUUUCCUAAGGAAUUCAUUAAUGUGGCUUUUUGUGAGUCCACAUAAAAGCUCAGGACCAGUAAGUUGCAUAUUUGCUCCCUGUUUUGCAAGGUCGUCAGCCAUUUCAUUCCCCUCAUGUCCUUCAUGUCCCGGAAACCAGCCUAGUGUUACUAUGUUGAGGUUUCCUAACGUGUUGAGAAGGUUUAGGCAAUCAUUUACCACUUUUGAGGUGAUAGUUGUUGAUAGAAGGGCUUUUAGAGUCGCUUGGCUAUCUGAAAGUAUGUAGAUGUGAGUGCCUCUCAUUUUCCUGCUAAGGCAUUCUCUCACACAUAUUUCAAUGGCAUGCAUUUCUGCCUGGAAUAUUGUUGGGUAGAGUCCCAUCGGAAUCGAUUUUUUGAAUUUAGGCCCAUUGAUUCCUGCCCCUGUUCUACCAUUUUAUAAUUUGGACCCAUCAGUAAACCAUAGCUGAGAGCCAGGUUUGAAAGUGAUAGAAUUAGUUCUCCAGUCUGUGCGUUCAUUAAUUAUAACUUGGAAGUUUCUGAAGGGUAUUGGUUAGGGUGAUAGAAUAUCAUCCCUAUGAAGAAUGGGACUAUGUAGGAAGUCUUCUAAGAUCUUUAAAUGUCCUUUCAUAUCCCCACUUUUAAGUUCAGAUAUACCUUUUAAUCUUAAGGCACUCGAGCGAGCUUCCCUUUCAUUCAAGAUUGGAAGCAGUGAUAUGUGAUAUGUUCAGGAGCACACCCAAUGCAUCCGUGGGACAUGUUUUCAUAACGACUGUAAUACCAACACAUAUCAGGCGAUGCAGUUUGUUUAAUUCGUUAACUUUUUUUUUUUUCGCCGGGUUAGGGCGUAGGCCAGGCCCAAAUUUCAAAAAUUAUAAAAAACAAAGCAAAAUGAUCGCCGUAAAGGUGUAAAGCCGGGUGUAAAGCCGGGUGUAAAGGUGUAAGCAAGAUAAAUAGAUCGUCCAACUUUUUAAGCAGGACCCUUCUUUGCGACUACGCUAAGCACAUACAAUUCUUGCUAAAAAGGGAAUAGAUGUGAGUAUGAACACCAUCGAACGACGAUUGAAAGAGGCGAACAUAUCCUACCGCCCCAAAUCAUCAAAACCACUGCUCUCAGAAAAAUACAUUGAGAAACAACAAAACAAGAAAAUGGCGUCACAGUAAUGGACUGACCUUCUCAGUCCCCAGACGCCAACCCCAUUGAAAAUGUGUGGGGAAUUAUGAAAACGCAUCUUGCCGGAAAGUCAGUCCACGAUUUAAAGCAACUCGCGUGCGUCAAGUUCGCAAAAUCUGGUCCUCUGUCGACGAGCUACGCAGAAAAGCUGGUUCAAAGCAUACUGAGAAGAUGCCAGGCUAUACUCGACAACGAUGGAGACUAUACGGCUUGUUGAGAAAUUGCGACUCGUAGUUUUCUACAUACCUUCAUGUAAAUAAAAAUUGAAAUAUAUAUCUUUUAUACCUACUUCAUGAAUAAUCGCGGUCCUUUUUUCUAACACAAACUGUAAAUUUUAAUAUAUUUCUAAAAUAUUUUGGCGGAAGUAUAAGUUUUAUAAUUCCAAUGGAAAAACAGUACCCAUCUCUUCUUUUUUUUUGGUGGAGUGUAAUGCAUCCUAAUGUACUUACAUACUUACGUAAACAUACUUAUGUAUGUUUACGUACAUAUAUAUGUAUAAACAAAUACGAAAUGAAUUAAAUCUUAUAUCUAAUAAGGCUUACUCUGCAUCAAAUUUAAGUAUAUUUGAAAAUAUUGACGAUGACAACUCCUAUCCACCUAACCACAAACUACGAUUUACCUAAUAAGUGUACUAAAAAUAAGCAAAAUAAUAAGACAAAACAAAACAAAACAUGUUCAAUAUGUGUUCGCAAAUUAAAAUAUUUCAAUUUUACAAUACAAGUACUGAAAUAAUGUUUCGACUAUACAUACAAAUAUAUUUAAGGCAACAACAAAUACAUUUAUGUACAUAUGAACAACUAAGAUAAUUAUUUAUAUGUGUGUCUAAAGGCCACGAUUUGUGGAGCCCAUUUGGCGCUCCGUGGCGCAACAAACCGAAUUCUUAUGCAAUUACUAACAAUUCAAAUACAUACAUACAUUACAAUUAUGGAACAAAAUUUGUGUGUUUUAAUGAAAAGCUGAA